AUGGAUCCUGUAACCAUUGUCACUGCUGCAGCUUCUCUGGCAGGCGUCGUCCUGAAAGCCUCUUGGAAAGUUAAAGAGACCAUCGACGCCUACGACGACGCACCUCAAAACGUAGCAGACAUUGCUGAAGAGGUACAUGCGGUACAAAUAGCGCUCCGACAGGUUGAGAGCGUCGUGCUUCAGGAUCCAGAAGCCAUUGACCGGCUAGGCUUGGAGGAUGUCUUUACCGUGGCCGUCAACGGGUGUCAUGCUACGCUUUUGUCUAUCAGCAAAGAGUACGAGGAUCUGUUUCUUCGGAGUGACUGGAAGACCAAGAUCAAAGUCCUGUGGAAGGAGGGGGAAAUGACACGGCUGCUUGGGCGACUAGACCGCAAGAAAGCUACGUUGACGCUAUUGACGCAGACGUUGAACCUUCGAUCAACCCAGGACAUAAAGACAUUGUUGAUGCAAAAUCAGUCAACCUUGAACGCAGCAAAGCAAGAUGUCCGAGAACCUGCGGCGUACUACCCAGAUGUACCUGACUUCCGACCAGCUAGUCCCGAUUCCCUGGAUGAAGGCAGCGUGAUCGGUGUCCCGAGGAACAGGGACUCAGUCAUUAGCACCACGGAGUUUGACUUUGACUACGACUUAAUCAACACUAAGACAUACCGACGAGCGCUCCAAAGAUAUGCCUCUUUCACCACGCGUACCAGCUCAUCAGCGGAGCAAAGUGCGGACGAGUCGCCUGUUGCGACAUCAGAUCUCGAGCCAGUCAUGGAGGAAGAAGCCGAAGUAGAGGAUCUCAUCAGUUUCUCCCCCGAGGACUUGAGUUUGCAAACACCCUUGAGUCGGGCGACGACAUUGCGACCAGAGCUAGAAGUCACCGACUGUGAUACCCCGCCUGCGACACCACCUAAGGACGUUGAUCACAACAAGGCUGUGGCGCACGUAGAGCAGCUUAAAGCUUCCGGUUCGAAAGAAGCUGGUUCGAAAGAAGGAAGGGACACAGAGACGCCCGAACCCUCCGAUGAUUCAAAGGCAAAGAGAACAUCAUCCCGCAGGAAGCUAGACAGGCGUCCACCAAGACGCCUCGCGGCAGCAGAAGCAGCAGCGGAGAAGUUUCACAGACGAAGCAGGCACGGAAAGUCGGGCACUGCAGCGGAGCAGGAGCUCGAGGUAUCAUCCAACACGAGCACUGGAAUGCUCAGCCGAAGUGUCAGCUUUGAUGAAUCACUUGCAGAUACUGCGUCUCAAUCAUCUGGGAAGCCAGAUAAGUUGAGAAGUCGGCGUAGGUGUGGACAUCCCGCUCAUCAUAGAAGACGGCCCUGCAGGGAAGGUUCGUUCUCUUCUCGCGGAUCCGAUGAGUCAACCAUGACGCUGGGCUCUGUAGAAACUUUGACGGAUACCCUGGAAGACUUUAGUCUCUCGGGGCACAAGGUAUUUGGAAGGGAGAGGGGAAGGCGACGGCAGGCUGCGUGA